AUGAAUGGCUCUAUAGCCACUGUUCAUCUUACUCCUGAUAAUAUUAAGAAGCAGGAUGUGAUAAGAGUUGGAAUUCGUUUGAUGUUCCUUCAAAUCGGUCCUAUUGAGACUCAAUUCGAAAGAUACAAUGCGGAUGUUGCUAUCGAAGCUAGAUGGUUAGCUGAUUCCAAAUUACUUUCCUCAUUGACCGAACAAGAGCAUAGUGUACUAUCACAAGGUCACGCAGUUCGUUUACGGGACUAUACAAAAGACGAGACGAAUUGGCAUCCUCAACUAUUUAUUAUGAACACCAGUGUCGAUCCGGACAAUCAACAUAUUCGUUACAGUAUAAGAAAAGACCGAAAUAGUCAGCUUUGCUACAUACGUGAACAUCGUUUAGUCAAAGGUUUCUUUUUCUCUCCGUUUGAUUUCCAUCAUUUUCCACAUGAUAUUCAAGAAUUAAAUAUUUCAUUCGGUUCAUCAGAAAGCGGAUCGAAAAUUCGAUUGGAACCGGAUUUUGAAAUUCUAUCUGGUAUCAAUCGUGAAGCGUUUGUUGCCCUACAAGAAUGGAUUCUUUACGACCACGUGGAAACAAAACUACGGAAAGUAAAAGGAUUCGCAUUUCAAACCGAUGAAGAUGGAGAAUUAGAUGUACCUGGGCAUGAAAAAGAAAGAAGUAUUCUCACCAUUUCUUGUCAUGCAGCUCGUCGAGCUCAAUAUAUGUUCUGGAAUGGAUAUUGGAUAAGUUUUAUAAUGACUAUUGUUGGAUUCGCUGCGUUCUCAAUCACAGCUGAGAAUACCAAUCAACGUUUAGGUGUCGCUUUCACACUCUUGCUAACUCACAUUGCUUUCCGUUGGACAAUUUGUGUAUCUCAUCUCACCCCACCCAUUGCUUAUUUAACAGCGUUAGAUAAGUACAGUAUCGCGUCAAUGUUUUUCGUUAUAAUUCUUGGCGUUUGGCAUGCAAUUAUCGGUUCUCUGUUGUUUACCUUCAAUUGGCAAUCGAAACCGGAGCCGGAUAAUUAUUGGCUAUGGAUUGAUCGUGAUGUAUUUAUAGCACUUGGAUCAUUUUAUGUAGUUGCACAUAUCAUUUUAAUAAUUUGGUUUGUAGUUGUUCCAUUCGGACAUCGACGACGGAUGCGAACUAAAGAUAAAAUCUAUCGUGAAUUAUUACAUCGAUACAAUUAUCAACAUCAACAUUCAUCAAGUACAAGUCAAUCAGAAUCAAAUUAUCGUUUUUAA